UCGCGCAUCUCCACCCGUUUCCUUUUCACGACCCAUAGAUAGACAAAGAGAUAUCUUGUAGAGACAAAAGCAGCCACAGCAAUCGUUCCGAGAAUCUUCAAGCGAUAGAAUAGCACCCAUCAUGACUUCCCCCGGUAACCACCACGAUGAGCUGCCAACGCAGGACCCUCAGUAUGCGCUUCUCGGCAGGGACAGUAUCGCACUGUUCUCGGAUGCCGGUUUCGACAUGGACAAGAUCCACCUGAAGCGAAACGCUCCCGUCGCCUCGCUCUACGAGGACGCCAUCUCAAAGGAGGGUGCCAUCAUCUCGAGCAACGGCGCGCUCAUCAACUUUUCGGGAAAGAAGACGGGCCGCAGCCCCAAGGACAAGCGCAUUGUCUACGAGGAGACGAGCAAGGAUGAUGUCUGGUGGGGACCUGUUAACAUCAAGAUGGACGAGCACACGUUCGAGAUCAACCGCGAGCGUGCCAUCGACUACCUCAACACCCGCGACGACAUCUACGUCUUUGACGGCUUUGCCGGCUGGGACCCCAAGUACCGCAUCAAGGUCCGCGUCAUCUGCGCCAGGGCCUACCACGCGCUGUUCAUGCACAACAUGCUGAUCCGGCCCACCCGCGAGGAGCUCGAGAACUUCGGCGAGCCCGACUUCAUCAUCUACAAUGCCGGCCAGUUCCCUGCCAACCGCUUCACGGCGGGCAUGACGUCGACGACGUCGGUCGAGAUCAACUUCAAGCGUCGCGAGAUGGUCAUUCUCGGUACCGAGUACGCUGGCGAGAUGAAGAAGGGUAUCUUCUCGGUCAUGCACUACCUCCAGCCCGUCAAGUUCGGCCAGCUCUCGCUGCACUCGUCGGCCAACGAGGGCCCCGACGGCGACGUCUCGCUCUUCUUUGGUCUCUCGGGCACUGGCAAGACGACGCUCUCGGCCGACCCGCACCGACGGCUGAUUGGCGACGACGAGCACGUGUGGUCCGACGAUGGUGUCUUCAACAUCGAGGGCGGCUGCUACGCCAAGUGCAUCGGCCUCUCGGCUGAGAAGGAGCCGGAAAUCUACAACGCCAUCCGCUUUGGCUCGAUUCUCGAGAACGUGUCGUACGACAAGAACACGCGCGUCCCCGACUAUGACGACUCGCACCUGACGGAGAACACGCGGUGCGCAUACCCGAUCGAGUACAUCAACAACGCAAAGAUCCCCUGCAUUGCCGGCCUGCCCAAGAACAUCAUUCUCCUCACCUGCGACGCCUUUGGUGUCCUUCCCCCCGUCUCCAAGCUCAGCCCCGAGCAGGCCCAGUACCACUUCAUUGCCGGCUACACGUCCAAGACGCCCGGUACCGAAGACGGUGUUGUCGAGCCCAGCCCCACCUUCUCGACGUGCUACGGCCAGCCCUUCAUUGUUCUCCACCCGCGUCGCUACGCCGCCAUGCUGGCUGAGCGCAUGUCGAAGGUCAAGGCCAACGCCUACCUCAUCAACACUGGCUGGUCCGGCGGCAAGUUCGGCACUGGCAAGCGGUGCCCGCUCAAGUACACCCGUGCCAUCCUCGACGCCAUCCACUCUGGCGAGCUGGCCAACGCCGAGUACGAGGACUUUGACGUCUUCAACCUCAAGGUGCCCAAGAAGGUCAGCAACGUCCCCUCGGAGAUUCUCCACUCGAGGAACGCCUGGCCGGACAAGAAGGCCUUUGACGCCGAGAUCAACAAGCUCGCCGGCAUGUUCAACGAGGCCUUUGAGAAGUACGCCAGCGAUGUCAGCCCAGAGGUGCUCAAGGCCGGCCCCAACAAGGUCUAAGUGAUCUUCGACGGCUACUUUUGAUGAGCAUCUCUUCUCCUCCCAUCUGCAGCCCUCUGCCCCGUCUUUCUCUCCUUUUUCCCUUUUUUCUUUUUCCAUAUUUACUGUACGCAUCUAGAGAAUCCUCUCACAUACUCUUUUAAACUAAAAUGGCGAAAUGAUCAAAGCGAGACUACCCCGG